UCCCAUGUGAGUAAUUGCCAAACCAAGUGCUGGAGUGUCGUAGCUUACUACCUGUCACACAUUAGAAAUGGUGAAUCCUGGCCGAGCAUAAUGGAUCACACCUACAAUCCCAGCACAUUGGGAGGCUGAGACGGGUGGAUCACUUGUGCCCAGGAGUUCAAGCUUGGGCAACAUGGCAAAACCCUAUCUCUGCAAAAAUAAAAAUUAUAAUUAGCUGGCAUGGCGCUGUGUGCCUGGAGUCUCAGCUUCUUGAGAGGCUGAGAUGGGAGGAUCACUUGAGCCUGGGAGGCAGAGGCUGCAGUGAUGAGUCAUAUAUAAAAUUUCAGGAACACAUUCUUAAAGUCCAGCUGUAAUUGACUAUCACUUGGAGGAAGUAAGUUUGUUACCUUUCCACAGUAGCCAAUAUUUCCAAUAUUACUCAUCUAUUGUAGCACUUUCUUAUUUAAGUCCAGGUUAAAUGCUUUUUUAAGGUAAAUGUAACUUCGGAGAGUGGACCCUAAUUCUCCAUACAAAAAGAAAACAUGUAAAAUUCAUCCAUUCAUACUGCUAAAAAAUACAGUUUUGUUCCUGGUGUCCUCACGUACAGUAUUAGUUACAGAGAUUCUCCCCAGCUUGCAGAUGGUACUCUUGAUUGCAUUUCAUACUUUGGCACAAAUGCACAGAAGUACAACACAAGAAGAGAAUAGAGUUCUAUGUUCCUGAUCUCUUCACAUCAGCCCUCAUCUCACCAAAAUGGCAUAAAAGGUCUAGCUACAACAUUUGCAUACAAAUUUUAUGCAGAAGAGGUAAUCAUGUAGUAGAGUAACGGAUUGAUUAAGAUCUGCCAUUAACACCCUUUUGGAUGAAUUUGUACAUGAUUUUAAGUGAUGAUCCUCAUUUAAGAUUAAAAAGCCAAGCAAAUUGCAGUGGGCAUAAAGAAAAGUCAUAAUAAUCAUUGAAGAUGUAUUAAGACUCUCCAUAUUUGAGCUUCUAGCCAGUGGCAAGUGAAAAAGAGAAAAUAAUUAAAAAAAAAAAAAAAAAAAAGGCCUCACUCAGUGGCUCACACCUGUAAUCCCAGCACUUUGGGAGGCAAAGGUUGGUGGAUCACAAGGUUAGAGUUCGAGACCAGCCUGACCAACAUGGUAAAACCCUGUCUGUAUUAAAAAUACAAUAAAUAGCUGGGCUUGGUGGCUUGCGCCUGUAAUCCCAGCUACUCAGGAGGCUGAGGCAGGAGAAUCACUUGAACCCAGAGGCAGAGGUUGCAGUGAGCCAAUAUUGCACCUCUGGACGACAGAGUGAGACUCUGUCCCCCGACUCAAAAAAAUCUCCAUGCCAACUUCCACUGGCUAAAAAAGGAGAUUAAUAGUGUUGGCAAAGAUGUGGAGAAAUGUGUAGGCUUAUGCUUUGUUGAGGCGGGGGAACCUAUAAAAUGUAACUGCUGUGGAAAAUAGUAUGACAGUUCCUGAAAAAAAUAAACAGAAUUACCAUAUGAUUUGGCAAUUCCACUUCUGGGUAUAUACCCAAAAGAAUUGAAAGCAGAGAUUUGGAGAAAUGUUUUAAGCACACCCAUUUUCAUGGCACUGUUACUUACAAUAGCUGAAAAAUGGAAGCAACCAGAUGUUGAUCAAUAGAUGAAUGGAUAAACAACCUGUGUUAUAUAAUACAAUGGAAUACCAUUCUUCCUUAAAAAGGAAGGAAAUUCUUUUUUUUUACUUUCUUUUUAUUUAUUUAAUUAAAACAAUUAAUUCAAAGGAAGGAAAUUCUUACCCAUGCUACAACACGAUGCACAUUGAAGACUCUGCGCUAGAUGAAACAAGCCAUGUAUAAAAGGAGAAAUACUACACAACUCUAAUUAUAUGGAGUACCUAGAGUAGUAAUAUUUAUAGAGACAAAAAUUAGAAUGUUGAUUGUCAGGGGCUGGGGGAGGGAAAAAAGAAAGGGGGUGGGUACACAGUUUAGUUUUAUAAAAUGAAAAAAGUACUGGAGGUGGAUUGUGGUGAUUGUAGCACAAUAGUAUGAAUAUACUUAAUGCUGUUGAACUGUAUACCUAAAGAUGGUUAAAAUGAUUUGUUAUGUAUAUUUACCACAAUAAUCAAACAACUUUGCAAAAAGAGAAAGAAAUGACAAGACCAGAUAGAAAAUCAGCAAGGGAUAGAAGACUUGAAUAGUACUAUAUACCAACUAGACCUAAUUACGUAUUUUAUACAACACUGCACCCAAAAAUAGCAGCUACACAUUACUUCCUCUUCAACCUCCUGAGUAGAUGGGACUGCAGGUGUAAGCCAUCACACCCAGCUAUUAUCUAGAAAACCUUUAAGAAUUUACAUAAAAACUGUUGAAACUAGUAAAUUCAGCAAAGUUGCAAGAUGCAAGAUCAGUACACAAAAAUCACUUGCAUUUACUUAUACUAACAAUAAAUUAAAACAAUUUCAUUUAUAGAAACAUCAAAAAGAAUAAACUAUCUAGAAAUAAAUUUAACAAAGGAGGCACGAGUCUGAUACACUGAAAAAUACAAAACAUUGCUGAAAGAAAUUAAAGACAAUCUAAAUAAAUGGAAAGACAUACCGUGUUCAUGGAUUAGAAGUUUUGAUACAUGCUGCAACUUGGACGAACUAUGAAAAUUUUAUGCUAAGUGAACGAAACCAAACAUAAAACUUCAGCCUAAAAUGGCUUCCAUACUCAGGCUGGGCGUGGUGGCUCAUAGCCUGUAAUCCCAGCACUUUGGGAGGCCAAAGCAGUGGCUCACCUGAGGUCAGGAGGUCAAGACCAGCCUAGCCAAUAUGGUGAAACCCUGUCUCUACUAAAAGUACAAAAAUCAGCCGGGCAUGGUGGCACAUGCUUGUAAUCCCAGCUACUUGGGAGGCUGAGGCAGGCGCUUGAACCCUGGAAACAGAGGUUGAGGUGAGCUGAAAUCACACCACCAGUCCAGCCUGGGCAACAAAAAUGAAACUCGUACUGCAAAAAAAAAAAAAAAAAAAAAAAAAAAAAAAAAAAAAAAGACUUCCAUACUCAAACCUGAAAAGUCUCAGGCUUUGUUGAAUGGCAAGAACAUCAAUGCUGGCAGUUACAAGUUGGUUCUAGAACUGAAACCUCAAGCAUAAAUGAAAUCACUUAGUUGUAAAUGAAAUCAAUUACAAUCACUUAGUUGUUUUUUUUUCUUUUUCUUAAGAACAUUUUUUUAUUGAGAUAGGCCACACAAGAUACAAUUCAUCCAACUUAAAGUGUACAUUUCAGUGGCGGGGGCGGGGGGUUAAAAUAUAUUCAGAGUCGUAAAACCAUUACCACAACCAAUUUUAGGAUAUUUUUACUGCCCCAUAAAGAAAUCCUAUACCUGGUAGCAGUCAUUCUCUAUUUACUACAAGCAACCACUAAUCACUUUCUGUCCUAUAGAUUUCCUUAUUAUGGACAUUUUUUAUAAAUGGAAUCACACAAUAUGUGGUCCUCUGUGACUGGAUUUUUUCACUUAGAAUCAUGUUUUUAAGGUUUAUCCAUGCCGUAGCAUAUACUACUUCAUUCCUUUUUGUGGCCAAAUAAUAUUCUGUUAUAUGGGUAUGCUACAUAUUGUUUAUCCAUAAUACUCUUCAGGAUGGUGUCUGUGUUGCUUACACUUUUGUGGGGGUUAUAUAUAUCACUGCUAGGAACUUUUUUUUGGCAUGAGGUCUUAGUAUGUUGCCCAGUCUGGUCUCAAGUGAUCUUCCCAGCUCAGCCUCCCAAGUAGCUGAAUCCAUAGGCACAAUCCACCUGCCUGGUUGAAGACAUUUGUGUACAACAAGUUUUCACAUGGACAUAUGUAGUUUUCUCAUCUUCUUGUCCAGCUUCUAGUUUACUACCAAAGUGUUUUUGAAACUGAUCUUGUUACUUCUCUUUAAGCUGCUUCAUUUGUUUCUCCUUUGUCAUUCGAUUUAAGUCCAUGAUCUUGGCUUGAAGUGGCGAGACCCAUAGUUUAUUGAACAUUUUAAGCCCACUCCUUGAUCUAAGAGCUGCAGAAUGGAUGUUGUAUUAGCAGACAUGAAAACAACAUUAAUCUCCUUGUAUCAUCAUUGCAGCUCCUGGCUGAUUUGUUGCAUUGUCGAUGAGCAGUAAUAUUUCGAAAGGAACAUUGGGUUUAAAGUGUUCAAUAAACUAUGCUGUCAACAGAUGGGCUGUCAUCCAGGCUUUGUUGUUCCAUUUAUAGACCAUAGGCAGAGUAGAUUUAGCGUAACCACUAAGGGUCCUAGGAUUGUGGGACUGGUAAAUGAGCACUGGCUUCCACUUAAAGUCACCAGCUGCUUAGCCCCUAAUGAGAGAGACAGCCUGUCCUUUGAAGCUUUGAAGCCAGGCAUUGACUUUUCCUCUGUAGCUAUGAAAGUCCUAGGUGUCAUCUUCUUUUAAUAGAAGGCUGUUUUAUCCACAUUGAAAAUUGUCAUUUAGUGUGGCCACCUUCAUCAGUGAUCUUAGCUAGAUCUUCUGGGUAACUUGCUGCAGCUUCUGUAUUAGCACUUGCUGCUUCACCUUGAACUUGUAUGUUAUGGAGAUGAAUUCUUUCCUUCAACAUUGAGCCAGCCUCUGCUAGCUUCAAACUUUUCUUCUGCAGCUUCGUCACCAAUCUCAGCAUUCAUAGAAUUGAAGAGAGUUAAGGCCUUGCUGUGGAUUCAGCUUUGGCUUAAGGAAAUGUUGUAGCUGGUUUGAUCUUUUAUUCAAAGCAUGAAAACUUUCUCCAUAUCAGCAAUAAGGCCAUUUUGUUAUCUUAUCAUUUGUAUAUUCACUGGUGUAGCACUUUUGAUUUCCUUCAAUAACUUUUUCUGUGCAUUCACAACUUGACUAACUGGCACAAGAGGCCCCGAUUUCAGCCUGUUGGCUUUUGCUGUGCCUUUCUCAGCUUAAGCAUUUCUAGAUUUUGAUUUACAGUGAAAGAUGUGUUAGCCUUCCUUUUACUUGAACACUUAGAGGCCAUUGUAGGGUUAUUAAUUGGCCUAAUUUUAACAUUGUUAUGUGUCAAGGAGUAGGGAGGCCCAAGGAGAGAGAGAGAGAGACACACAAAGUGGCUAGUCAGUGGAUCAUUCAGAACACACACAACUUUACAGAUUAAGUUUACUGUCUUAUAUGGGCACAGUUCAUGCCACCCCAAAACAAUUACUAUAGUGCCAUCAACGAUCACUGGUCACACACCACCAUAACUGUUAUAAUAAAAAAUGUUGCAAGAAUUACCAAACGUGACCCAGAGAUGUUGAAAUGAGCACAUGCUGUUGGCAGAAUGGUACCAACAGGCUUGUUUGAUACAGGGUUGCCACAAACCCUCAAGUUGUAAAAAACGCAGUAUCUAUGAAGCACAGGAAGAUGAAGUACAGUCUGAAGUAUACUUGUAUUGUCUUCCUUGUUGUUAGGUGUCUUCUUAUAACCUAAGUUUUAAAUUUUUGUAGACAAUAAAUUAAGUAAUUUUGGAACAUUAUAAAUUACUUCCCCCUUGAAGGAUUGCUUAUGCUUAGGAGUUUGGACCAGCCUGGGCAACAUAGUGAGAUCUUCUCUCUACUUAAAAAAAAUUAGCAGCAUGGUAGCGAUCCUCCCACCUCAACCCAGCUACUUGGAGGGCUGAGGCAGGAGGCUUACUUGAGCUGGGAAGUUGAGGCUGCUGUGAGCUGCUAUCAUGCCACUGCACUCCUGCCUAGGCGAUAGAGUAAGACCCUGUCUCAGGAAAAGAAAAAACAAAAAAAAAUUACUUUUCCUUUGAUUUUAGAACUUUGCCAUGUAUCAAGUUAAUUAAAUGGAGAUAAUUCAAGCAUUAAGUCAAUUAUUUAAUGCCUCUUGAGUUCUUCUAGUUUAAGUCCUAUGAUUCUAUGAUCUUAAGAUAUUUAAUAUAUAUAUACCUUAAUCUAUAUGUAGAAACAUAUAUACACAAAUCAAUUAUUUCAGCUAAUAAUUUAAAGUUUAUUUUCAUUUACUCGGUACUUAAAAUUCAGGGGGAAAUAUGAUACAGGAUGGUUAAUCGUACAUACGGAAAAUUCUUUUCGUAAACUUGACAGUCUUUGCUACUAACCCAAUUCUCUGCUUUCUUACUUCCUAUGGACACUUCUUUGAUGAUAUAUAUGUACAGCUUGGGGGAGAGGCAGUUGGCUUUUGUUUCCUGUGAGACAGAUACCUAUCUGAUCCUUACCUUUAGAAGCAAAGAGGGUACUGGUUCUUUUAUUUCAAGCUCUGUAAGUUAAAAUUGGACAGUCUGGUUGAUGGGUGUGGCAAACCACCCUGGCAUGUAGUUUACCUAUAUAACAGACCUGCACAUUCUGCACAUGUACCCCAGAACUUAAAGUAUAAUUAAAAAAAAAAAAUUGGACAGUCUGAAAUGCAUAAUCUUUUUUUUCUUUUUUUUGAGAUGGGGUCUCACUGUCACCCAGGCUGGAGAGCAGUGAUGCAAUCUUGGCUCACCACAGCCUCCACCUCCCAGGUUCAAGCAAUUCUCCUGCCUCAACCUCCAGAGUAACUGCGAUUACAGGGGCCUGUCACCACGCCCAGCUAAUUUUUGUGUUUUUAGUAGAGAUGGGGUUUUGCUAUGUUUGCCAGGCUGGUCUCGAACUCCUGACCUCAAGUGAUCCACCUGCCUCAGCCUUCCAAAGUGCUGGGAUUACAGGUGUGAGCCACUGCACCUGGUCUGAAAUGCAUAAUCUUUUAAAACUGAAAGCCAUAUCUCAUAGUGCUCUUAAUUUGUCAAGAAUCAUAUAGGAAGGGCCAGCGCCCUUUCCCUAUCUAGCUAUAAAUUGAUGAUCAUGCCCAUCCUUUGGAUCCAGCAGUUUCGGUUCAGUCCUUCGGUCUCUGACUACUCACAGUUUGCAGAAAAGGGCAGGUUGUGACACUUUGACUAGUUUGUGAGAGCAGAAGCUGUUACGUGACACUUAGCACAUACUGCUCUCAGAGGCCCUAGAUGGAUCAUUAAUGCUUGGAACGUGUGUGCAUUUAUGAAGAAGCUGUCUAAUCAAUGGAGAUAGAUUCCCUAAUGCCCAUAUCAUCUUUCGUUAACUCUCUUAAGAGUCACCCUAAAAUUACUGUGCUGAUCACUGUAAUUUCAUUAAGCAUCCAUUACAAAACAAGCCCUUAUGAGUUUAGCUUUUAUUUAACAAAUACAUUUUUCUCUUUUAACUCGUGCCCUGCCAUUUAUCAUACAUUGAAGCUUUAGAAUAGUAGAAUAUUAGUGUUGAAAAUAUCUUGGAGUUCUGGUUUAUUAUCAGGUUUGCAGAUCUAGGACUGAAACCACCACAAGGAUAAAUGGCUGCCUCAAGGCUGCCUUGUGAGUCCAGGGCAUUGUGUAACCAGCUUUCAGUACUAUUACUUUAAGGGUUGCGUCUUCCUUUUUUUCUCUUUUUUAAAAAAUCAGUACCUCUGUUUAUACACAAUUAUGUUUUCAAUUUAAACAUGGGACUAAUAAUUUUUAAGUGCUUAUUGUGAGAAGUGGUAAUCCAGUUCCCUAUUUCCUUACCUCUAAAAUUUCUGCUGUCCAGAGACAACCACUUUUAAUUUUUUUUAGCUGUUGUCGUUAGGGAUUGAUGGUACAAGAUCGAUAAUACAAGAGUAACCCACUGGCAUAAAGAAAAUAUUUAUACUUUAAGUCAACUUUUCUUUGGUUUUAGAUUUUAUAUCUAAGAGCUUUUGUUGUAUUAUUGUUUUCUUGCCCUCCUGGAAAACCCUAAUUGAAUGUAAUCAAGACACCUCUAAAGCUUAAGAGCGCUUUAUUUUGAAUGAAAAAUCUCAUUGUUUUCUAAUAAAAUGCUAGACCUAGAAAUGGAUUGGUUAAAUCCAAAGAAUGAUGAAAUCACUUAAUCUAGAACAAAAGACUCUUAAUAAAUAAAUAAAAUAUUUUAGUACUGUCUGAGUAAUUUAACCUCAGAUUAACAUUGAGAAUGCAGUUUUAUUGAUGGAUGUACUUCAUUAAUUUGUGGACCACAGAAGAAAAGAUUGGAUAUUUCACUGGAGAUAAGUAAAAUUAAAAGGAUUAGGCCGGGCGCAGUGGCUCAAGCCUGUAAUCCCCAGCACUUUGGGAGGCCGAGGCGGGUGGAUCUCGAGGUCAAGAGGUCAAGACCAUCCUGGUCCACAUGGUGAAACCCCGUCUCUACUAAAAAUACACAAAAUUAGCUGGGCAUGGUGGCGCGUGCCUGUAAUCCCAGCUACUCAGGAGGCUGAGGCAGGAGAACUGCUGAACCCAGGAGGCGGAGGUUGCGGUGAGCCGAGAUCACGCCAUUGCACUCCAGGCUGGGUAACAAGAGCAAAACUCUGUCUCAAAAAAAAAAAAAAAGAAUUAAUGGGCUGGAUUGGUUUAGCAGGCCUAUAUUUAUGUGCUGUGCUUUACUUGCAUUCUAAGCUUUUUUUCCUAAUAUAAAAAAGUUAAUAGGCUGGGCACAGUGACUCACACCUGUAAUCCCAACACUUUGAGAGGCCGAGGCGGGUGGAUCACAAGGUCAGGAGUUUGAGACCAGCCUGGCCAACAUGAUGACACCUUGUCUUUACUAAAAAUACAAAAAAUCAGCCCCAGAUUUGGUGGUGGGCACCUGUAGUCCCAGUUAUUUGGGAGGCUGAGGCAGGAGAAUCGCUUGAACCUGGAAGGCAGAGGUUGCAGUGAGUUGAGAUCAUGUCUUUGCACUCAAGCCCAGGCAACAUUGCGAGACUCCGUCUCAAAAAACAAAACAAAACAAAAACUAAUAAUUUAUCAAAUAGUAAGCUCUGUGUCAGGUAGUGUGCUAAGUGUUUAAAUAGAAGUUAGGGAAUAAAAGUAGUUUCUAUUCUCAGGAAGUUUAUAGACUAGUCAGUAAAAACUGUAUCAGUAAUUAAAACUCAGGAAAAUUUUGUUUAUGGUUAUAACAGAAUAUCAGACCAAAUCUCUGACGAGACUGCUGUAAAAACUGUUUAAAAUACAAAAAUAAAUAUCAUUAAAGGCAUUGGGGACUAACCAAGACAGCCAGGUCAAAUUUGGCAGGAGCCAAAAUUGUAGAGAAAAAUUCUAUUGAGUUGAGCCCAUAUUUACCCCUGCUUUUUUCCCUUGGGGCGUUGGCUAAUUCUUCCCGUGGCGUAGAGGCCAGACAAAGCAGUGGUCCAGAGUUUGUUUCAGAAUCAUUGAGUAGCAGGACUAAAGUUCAAAAUGAGGGAUUUUAAGGCAGCCAGGAUUUGAGGGUCCAAGAUCCUAGGGAAAAGACAACCUCAAGAGUAAUGAACUCAGCCAUCAUGUUGGCACAUGCCUGUAAUCCCAGCUACUCAAGGAGGCUGAGGCAGGAAGAUUGCUUGAGCCCAGCAGUUCGAGGUUACAGUGAGCUUUGAUCACACCAUUGCACUUGACCCUGGGCAACAGAGUGAGAUCCCAACUCUUUGGAAAAAUAGAGGGUAGUAAACUCAACAUUUGACUUAGCUUUUGCUGUUAAGGUAUUUUUCAAAUUAAGAUAUUUUUCAAAUUCAGAAGAAAUUUAGUAGAAAGCUGUUACCAAAGGCUAAACAACUUAAGCAUAGUUUUUGUUCUCACAGGAGCAGGUAGACAAAAAAUUAGAUUUCAAGGCCAGCCGAAGAGGAAUGACAAUGGAAAAUACUCCAGGCUUUCAGUUGAGACCUCAAAAGAAUUAUGUCCUACCAAUAAAGGCUGACCAGAAGUUACCAGCUUAAAAUCCAGCUUCAAAACUUUGAUUGGAUCAAGGUGAUCAGCCCUUAUUCUAGUUGCCUGCCAGAAGAAACUUAGCCCCUAUGCUCUUUGAAACAUAGUAUCCUGCAUUCCAUCAAAAUACUAGGAAUUGCCCUACUUAAGCUUAAAUAUUAAAAAAAAAAAAAAAAUACCAGGAAUUGCCAGGCGCAGUGGCUCAUGCCUGUGAUCGUAGCAUUUUGAGCGGCCAAGGCAGCAAAAUUACUAGAGACCAGGAGUUCGAGACCAACCUGGCCACAUAGUAAGACCCUAUCUCUAUAAAAAUACCAGGCAUGCCAAUAAGCAGGAUCAAAUGAAUGAAAAUCAAGAGAAAGAAUGAGUAACAGGAAAAGAACUUGAAGUGAUCCAGACAUUGGAACUCUUAGGCCUUAGAAUAACUGAUUUAUGAGUUUAUGGAAACAGAUGAAGAGAUAUAGGGUUUUACCAGAGAACUGGAAUCUAUAAAAUAGAAUCAAACAAAAAUUUUAUUUUAUCUUUUUAGAUAGCCUUUUGCUCUCGUCACGUAGGCUGGAGUACAGUGGUGCAAUCUCGGCUCACUGCAACCUCCACCUCCUGGGUUCAAGUGAUUCUCCUGCCCCAGCCUGCUGAGUAGCUGGGAUUACAGACACCUGCCACCAUGUCCAGCUGAUUUUUUUUUUUUUUUUUUUGAUAGUAGAGACAGGGUUUCACCAUGUUGGCCAGGCUGGUCUCUCCUGACCUCAGGUGAUCUGCCAGACUGGGCCUCCGAAAGUACUGGGAUUACAGGCGUCAGCCACUGCACCUGGCCAAAUGAAAAUUUUAGGACUAAAAAAUACAUUAGCUUGAGUUAAGUCCCAUGCAUGUGUUUAACAGCAACUCAACACAGAAAGAUGUAUGAAUUAGAAGAUUGAUCAGUAAGAAAGAUCCACAAUGAAGCACUGAGAAAUGAAAGAAUGAAAAAUAAUAAUGUAAUGGAGACAAGGGACACAACAGAAGGUUUAAGACACAUACAGUUGGGUUAUACUAAAUGAGAGGGCUAGGAGUGCCAUAAUCAAAGUGCUAAAAGUCAAGGACAGUGAAAAAAAUCUUUAAUUGCUAGAGAAAAAAGAUAAUUAGGUUAAGCGGAAUAAUAAGAUUGACAGCUGAUUUCUCAAUAGAUAAUAAAGAGUAUUUGUCACCAAUAGGCCCAUUCUGAAAGAAAAAGGAAGUCCUUGUUACAGAAAGACAGUAAUCCCAUAGGGAAACAAAAUUGCAGGAAGGAAUAAAGAACAAUGGAAGAGUAAAUAUGAAGGUAAAUGUAUAUGAAUAUUGACUAUAGUGUAAUAACAAUAUAUAUGUAGGUUGAAAAUUUCACAUAAAAUGGUUCAAAAGUUAGGAGGGGGGCAGUAAAUGUAAUUAAGGUAUUGCAAGGUUCUUGCAUUGUUCAGAAGGUCAGGAAAUUACUAAUUUGUCAUAGUCUCUUAGUAAGUUAAGGGUUGCACAUUGUAAAUCUAUGGCUGCAGUCUGCUACAGUUGGCAUUGGCUGCAUGGAGUUAUUGAGAACUUAAAAUGUGGCUAUUCUGAAUUGAGAUGUGCUGUGACUAUAAAAUAAACACCAUAUUUUGAAAGCUUAGAAGACUUAGUAUGGAAAAAAGAGAAUAUAAAAUACCUCAUUUAAAAAAUACUGAUUACAUGUUGAAAUGAUGAUAUUUUUAACAUAUUUGAUUAAAUAUAUUAAUAUAUGUUUUUAACUUUUUCUGUGUGGCUACUAUAAUUAAAGUCAUACUGUUAACAAUUAAAGUGAUAAAAGAAUGGAAUAUAAGAGGCUAACAAGAGAACUGGAAUAUUAAUAUUUGCUUAGUCUAAAAUAAGGCAGGAAAGAAAGGGAACAAAGAACUAAGAGUACAGUAAUAGAGGUAAACCCAAAUAUGUAAAAAUUACAUUGUAGGUAAACAGGCUGACUAUUCCAGUUAAAAGACAAAGAUUUUCAGAUUAAAAACAAUAGACCCGGCCAGGCGCAGUGGCUCACACCUGUAAUCCCAGCACUUUGGGAGGCCGAGGCGGGCAGAUCACGAGGUCAAGAGAUCGAGACCAUCCUGGCCAACAUGGCGAAACCCUGUCUCUACUAAAAAAAUACAAAAAUUAGCUGGGCAUGGUGGCGCAUGCCUGUAGUCCCAGCUACUCGGGAGGCUGAGGCAGGAGAAUUACUUGAACCCGAGAGGCGGAGGUUGCAGUGAGCCGAGACUGAGCCACUGCACUCCAACCUGGCGCCUGGCGACAAAACAAGACUCUGUCUCAAAAAAAUUAAAAAAAAAAAAAAAAAAAAAGCAAUUGACCCAACCAUGAUUUGUGUACAAGAGACCCACUUUAAGUGGAAAGACUGAAAGUAAAAGAGUUGGAAAAGGUAUACUAUGCAAACACCAAAGGACCCCUGGAAGAGCUAUAUUAAUUUCAAAGUGUUAUUUCACAGAAAGAAAUAUUACUAGAGAUAGAGGUUGUUCAUGAUGAUAAAGGAUUAAAACAAUAACAAUAGCCAAGGCAUUCUUAGAAAACAACGUUGUAAGACUUAACACUGCCCAGGAAGACUUUAUAGGCACUUAGAGCACUUUAUAAAUUCGAGAUGUGUUCGUCAGUUUGCUCCUUUCUGCCCGUGGACGCCGCCGAAGCAGCAUCGUUAAAGUCUCUCUUCUCCCUGCGAUCAUGUCUAAGUCAGAGUCUCCUAAAGAGCCAGAACAGCUGAGGAAGCUCUUCAUUGGAGGGUUGAGCUUUGAAACAACCAAUGAGAGCCUGAGGAGCCAUUUUGAGCAAUGGGGAACGCUCACAGACUGUGUGGUAAUGAGAGAUCCAAACACCAAGCACUCCAGGGGCUUUGGGUUCGUCUCGUAUGCACCUGUGGAGGAGGUGGAUGCAGCUAUGAACGCAAGGCCACACAAAGUAGAUGGAAGAGUUGUGGAACCAAUGAGAGCUAUCUCAAGAGAAGAUUCUCAAAGACCAGGUGCCCACUUAACUGUGAAAAAAAUGUUUGUUGGUGGCAUUAAAGAAGGCACUGAAGAACGUCACCUAAGAGAUUAUUUUGAACAGUAUGGAAAAAUUGAAGUGAUUGAAAUCAUGACUGACAGAGGCAGUGGCAAGAAAAGGGGCUUUGCUUUUGUAACCUUUGACAACCAUGACUCCGUGGAUAAGAUUGUCAUUCAGAAAUACCAUACUGUGAAUGGCCACAACUAUGGAGUUAGGAAAGCCCUGUCAAAGCAAGAGAUGGCCAGUGCUUCAUCCAGCCAAAGAGGUCGAAGUGGUUCUGGAAACUUUGGUGGUGGUCGUGGAGGUGGUUUUGGUGGGAAUGACAACUUUGGUCGUGGAGGAAACUUCAGUGGUCGUGGUGGCUUUGGUGGCAGCCGUGGUGGUGGUGGAUAUGGUGGCAGUGGGGAUGGCUAUAAUGGAUUUGGUAAUGAUGAUGGUUAUGGAGGAGGUGGGCCUGGUUACUCUGGAGGAAGCAGAGGCUUUGGAAGUGGUGGACAGGGUUAUGGAAACCAGGGCAGUGGCUAUGGCAGGAGUGGCAGCUGUGACAGCUAUAACAACGGAGGCGAAGGCAGCUUUGGCGGUGGUAGUGGAGGCAAUUUUAGAGGUGGUGGAAGCUACAAUGAUUUUGGCAGUUACAACAAUCAGUCUUCAAAUUUUGGACCCAUAAAGGGAGGAAACUUUGGAGGCAGCAGCUCUGGCCCCUAUGUGGUGGCAGCCAAUACUUUGCCAAACCACGAAACCAAGGUGGCUAUGGCGGUUCCAGUAGCAGCAGUAGCUAUGGCAGUGGCAGAAGAUUUUAAUUAGGAGACAAAGCUUAGCAGGAGAGGAAAGCCGGAGAAGUGACAGGGAAGCUACAGGUUACAACAGAUUUGUGAACUCAGCCAAGCACAGUGGUGGCAGGGCCUAGCUCUGCUACAAAGAAGACAUGAUUUAGACAAAUACUCCUGCGUAUGGGCAGAAAACUCGAGGACUGUGUUUGUGACUAAUUGUAUAACAGCUUAUUUUAGUUUCUGUUCUGUGGAAAGUGUAAAGCAUUCCAACAAAGGGUUUUAAUGUAGAUUUUUUUCUUUUUCUUUUUUUUUUUGCACCCAUGCUGUUGAUUGCUAAAUGUAAUAGUCUGAUCAUGACGCUGAAUAAAUGUCUUAAAAAAAAAAUUCAUAUGUAUCUAGUAGCAUAGCCCCAGAAAAUAUAAAGGGAAACUGAUAGAUCUAAAAGGCAAAAUAGGCAUAUUUGGAGAUUUUAAUACACUUCUCUCAUUAAUAAAAAAAACAAAUGAAAUUUAGUAGAGCUACAGAAGAUAUGAGUAAUGCUAUUAACUACUUUGUCCUGACUAAUCUAUAAAACACUGCACCAAACAACAGGGGAUUGCACAUUCCUUCUAAUUGGCCACAUGCAAUCUCAAAACAUUUCAAUGAAUUAAAGUCCUUCAAAGUUCUCAAAAUGGAGGGAAAAAUGAAAUCUAGUCAAAGAAGAACAAAAGCAUUUGAUAAAAUUCAACACCUGUUCAUUAGUUUCAAAAAAAACAAAAAACCCACAGAACAAAUAUUUAACAAACUAGGAAUAAAGGGACUUUUAAAAAUAUGAUAAAGGACGUCUACAAAAAAUAAUGUUUAUAGUGGACAUUAAGCUUAAUGGUGACUUACUGAAAGCUUACUUCUAGAGAUGAGGGAACAGACAAGACCUUGUUCUCAUCACUUCCAUUCAGUGUUGUAUGUAAAGCUCUACUGGGAGUCUGAGGCAGGAGGAUCCCUUGAGGCUAAGAGUUCAAGAGUCACCUGGGCAACAUAGACCUCUAUCACUACAAAAAAUUAAAAAAUAAAGUUCUAGUCAGGGUAGUAAGGCAGAAAGAUAAGAGGUAUAAUAACUGGAAAGAGAGAAAAUUCUAUUUGCAGACAUGAUUGUGAUGUAGGAAAUACUAACAAAGAUGCAUGUAAAAUGUGAGAAUAGCAAGUGAAAAAAAUUCAGGAUCUAAUUUUUAUUGGCAUUUAAAAAAUAAUAUACAGCCAGGCUUUGGUAUGUGUGCAGCAGAUUAGACACAGAAUGCCUGAUUUAAGAAAUUGAUAAUACCAAGUGGUGACAAGGAAGCAGAGAAACAAGAACACAUGCACACUUUUGAUAGGGUAAACAGUUCUAGCCAGUUUGGAAAAGUUUAGCAGUAUCUGCUGAAGUUAAAUAGUCUUCAUAAGAGUCAAAAGCUGGAAACAACCCAAAUAAUCAUCAAGACAUGAAGGGAUAAUGAAUUGUGAUAUAUGAGGUACUACAAAACAAAGCAAAAAAGCUUUGUUUGCUGCAACAUGCAGCAGCCUGGAUGAAUCUCACACACGUAAUGUUGAGCAGAAGCAGCCAGAUACACAGGAGUCUAAAUGAUGAUUGCAUUUAAAUGAAGCCAGAAAAGUGGUGGGGUUAAUCUAUUAUGAUAUGUCAGAAUAGUGGUGUCUUUAGGGGAAUUGAGGGAUGCUUUCUGGGAUUCUGGCUAUAUUCUGUAUCUUCAUUUGGGGGAGGUGACUACAUGGUGUAUUCACUUUGUGAAAAUUCUUUUAGCUGUACUUACAUUUGGGACUUCAUGUAUAUUAUACUUCAGCAAAAAUUAAGGAAAAAAAUUUUUUUGGUGUUGGCAGGAAUGUUGUUGCCCCAAGUAUCUCUGGUUUUGAGGUUUUUAUGUCACGUUUCUGAUAUUUUGCACUUAUUCAUUUAUUCCAGAUGAUUUACUAAGAUAUAUUUGAUUCAUUUUCUUUUCUAUAUAAAACAAAUAAUUUAUAGUCUAGUGUAUUCAUUUUCUAUUACUAUUAAAAUUACUACAAAUGUAGUAGCUAAAACAACAGAUAAUUUUCAUCUUACAGUUGUGUCGGUUAGAAUUCCAGCAUGGCUCUUACUGGGCUAAAAUCAAGGUGUCAGCAGAGCUGUGUUCUUUUCUCGAGGCUUUAGGGGGGAAUCUAUUUCCUUGCCUUUUCCAGCUUAUAGAAGCACUCAUGUUUGUUGGCUUGUGGCCCCUUCCUCCAUCUUCAAAGCCAAUACCAACUUGUCAGAUCAUCAACAUUACAUCACCUUUAGAGGCCUUGUGUGAUUAGAUUGGGUUCACCUGGAUAAUUCAGGAUCAUCUUGCUGUCCUUACAAUUCUUAAUCACAUCUGCAAACGCUCUUGCCAUGUAAAUAAAUAUGUUCAUAGGUUCAAGAAAUUAAGACAUCAACAGCUUAUGGGCCUACCACAGAUAAUUUUUUUUUUUUUUUUGGGAGAUGGAGUCUCACUCUGUCGCCCAGCCUGGAGUGCAGUGGUGCGAUCUCGGCUCACUGCAACUUCUGCCUCCUAGGUUCAAGUGGUUCUCCUGCCUCAGCCUCCUGAGUAGCUGGGAUUACAGGCGCGCACCACCACACCCAGCUAAUUUUUGUAUUUUUAGUAGAGACGGAGUUUCACCAUGUUGGUCAGGCUGGUCUCGAACUCCUGACCUCCUGAUCUGCCCGCCACAACCUCCCAAAGUGCUGGAAUUACAGGCGUGAGCCACCAUGCCCAGCCCACAUACACAUAUAAAGUAAUCUUCUAAGAGUUGAGUUUCUAGGAUUUAGUUGUGUUUUUUUUUAUUAUAACUCGCAUGCUGUACAAUUCACUAAGUUGAACAGUUCAUUGGUUUUAGUGGUUUUUAGUAUAUGCACAAAGUUGUAUAACCAUAAUCACAGUAAAUUUUAGAAUAUUGUCACCACCUCACAGCCCUAGGCAGCCACCAUAGGUUUGCCUGUCCCAGACAUUGCAUGUAACUGGAAUCAUUUGUGGUCUUUGGUCACUGGUGUUUUUCACAUACCAUAUUUUUGAGGUUCUUCCGUGUGGCAUGUGUUAGUACUUCACUCCUUUCUAUGGCUAAAUGACUUUUUUUUUUUUUUUUUUUUUUGAGACAGAGUUUCACUCUUGUUACCCAGGCUGGAGUGCAAUAGUGUGAUCUCGGCUCACUGCAGCCUCCGGGUUCAAGCAAUUCCUCUGCCUCAGCCUCCCAAGUAGCUGGGAUUACAGGUGCACACCACCACGUCUGGCUAAUUUUUGUAUUUUUAGUAGAGAUGGGGUUUCACCAUGUUGGCCGGGCUGAUCUUGAACUUCUGACCUCUGGUGAUCCCACUCGCCUUGGCCCCUCCAAGUGCUGAUUACAGACCCGAGCCACUGUGCCCGACCAAUAAUACUUUUUACUUGGUUGUUUGCCUUUGGUUAAUUUGCCCUAAAAUGGUAAUUUGUGACACUUUGAUCCAGGUUUAUAUUUGUGUUUUGGGGCUUUGUUUUUUUUUUAGGGGAAGGAUUUAUCUACCUCUUUGCUCUACCACAGCCAGAAGUUUCCUAGCAUGCUUCAUUUUGGGAUUCUUUUUUAUUUUCCCCACCCUCUUUCCUAAGCAAGGAACCUUAAUUCUCCCAGAACUGUGUGUCCCCAUAGAUUGAAGAAUCAAUAGAGUAAGAACUAGUGAACAGAUAAAAAUAGCUCAGUCCUUCAGAGCUUCCUUUGUAAUAAUACAAAUAGGAGACAAAUAGGAGAGAAGGAAGUGAUCUUUAUAAAUGGUAUAAAGUAUUAAAUAUGGUACUUGCUACCUGCACAACCCAGGCAUGAGAUUGGCACUUGGUGGUAGUCAUAGUCCCUUAGACCACUACUCAUUACCACCAUUUCAAAGCCUAUGGGUUGAGUAGAUUCUUUAUAUAAAGGUGAGUUUCCCAGCCUAAAGAGAUUGGCCCCGAAAGCUCGUUUCUUCUGAUUCUUCCUGGACACUACAUACUGGAAAAGACAAGGGAAUAGAGAUGCUUCCUUUUCACAUGUGAUCUCUCUUUCCUUAUAUAUCCUGCCUUAAGGGGGAAUGUUAUUUCUGCUCAUCCCCCUACCCCCUUUAAAAAAAAAAAGUAGUUUCCUCUCUGGAAAACAUUCUAGAAUGUCACUCUUCCUUUUCUUAACCUUCUACUUUCUAAGCAUCCUCUCUUCAUGAUUAAAGUUAGGACCUGGGGUAGGAGAGGGUGGGAUGAGAAAGGUCAGAGAAAGCUAGGAGUUCUUCCAGUAGACAGAAUAGAGUUAAAAUAAUGCAUUAGGAAUUCCUCAUAGUCCAAGCAGAGCUUAGUUGGUUUAAUUUCCUCUUCUAUAACUGGAAUCUUAGGUCACAGGAAUGACUUCCCAGAGUUAAAAAAUAAAAAAAGGUGCUGCGAGUAGAUAAGAGUUUUGAUCUAAAUCGAAUCUAGGUUGAAAGUCUAAAUCUUUUCAUUUUUCAUUGUCACUUGCAUGGAAACUAAGUAUACAGAAAGAUCUUAUUGUUUGUAAAUAUCACUGUGUUCCAGGGGUUAAAAAUACUUGAACAAAGGGGAACAAGAAUGGCCAGCCCUGCCGUCCCACCCAUUCUAUAUGUGGACUGUAUUUACUCAUAAGUUCUCCACAGUGAAGCAUUAAAAACUCCUGGAAUCUAAUCAUUUUCUGUCCUGAUGACAAGAUAUCUUCAUCCAGAAGGCGCAGUGGUUGGCCAAGAACUUCACGUUUUUUGGAGCCACCAGGGAAUAGAAACAGCUUUCAUCUCAGAGCUCUUCUUCGGCCUGUGUUCUUGACUGCACACAGCAGAGGUUAGAUGACAGCUUUUCAGUCCCAGUGAAGUGAAAGAACUCUUUUCUGUUUUCAGGGGAUUCCUUUUAAUGUUAAACAUAGCAGCUGGAAAACAAAGUUUUCCCAGAAUCACAAUACUUACUGCAUUCUGUUUAAACAUGAUCUUGAUAGCUACUAUUAACAUCUAUUUCCAGAAAUUUCAGGGAUGUAAUUUUAAAAAAUCAAUUGCUUAGUGCUAUUACCAUAAAUGAGUUUGAUCAGUGUUUUUUGUAUGUGGUAGAUGAGACUACUCAGUCAAGACUUUGCUCCCCCUGGCUGACACAAAUUAGAUCUUAAACAGGUGAAGAAGUGGAGGCCUUGCAUACAACACCAGUCUUUAAAUGCUCAUUUCACUCCCCUCACUGUGAGCAUCUUUCAGAGCUGCAUUUAGGACCAGUACAUUUGGAUUUGGAAAGAUAAUCAAGAAUGGUGCCCUGGUGGAGGCAUGGCCUGUUGGCAGUAACAGCAGUAGCUUGGAUGUACCUGUUGUUACUUC